AUGAACUCCUUCAUCGACUACUCCAAGAAUACCAGGUCCAAGAACUACCAUGGAUCUGGUUCGUUCGCUACCUUUAUGAUUAUUGCCCCUGUCUGCUUCUUCCUGGGCAUUCUCUUCGCAUCGUUCCCUUACGAUUUCCCCCUUCUCUGGACCAAGGCUCCCGUGCCUGACAACUUCUUUGACCACCUCGAAACGCAUCUGAAGUUUAUGCACCAGUCUCCUGCGCUCAUUAGCCGUCUUCUUCACAUGGUCAUCUCCAUCGGCUUUAUCGGUUUCUUCAUCAAGCUCUUCCGUCCCAGCGAGGCCAACUUCCUCUUUGACGGCGCAUCUCUCAUCCUCUACCUCAUUGGUUUCGGUGUCUACGUCGCCAACAUUGUCAAGGCUCUCCGAAGCGUUAGUGCCGAGAUCUGGACCAACGACGGCUUCGAUGGCAAGACCCAUGAGGGUGAGGCCGGCGAGCUUAUUCUGGGACGCGAGGACAGCUUGAAGGUUCUUUCCGCCAGCAACACCAUUCUCGCUCUUGUUCUUGUCGGAAUUCUCGUUCUCCAGGCCGGCGAGUGGUACGCCGAGAAGAAAGAGGCCGAUGACGCUGCCGCUGUUGAUGCUAAGGAGGCUGCUGAAAAGAAGGAGAACUCCCCUAACAAGGCCUCCAACAAGAAGAAGCAGUAA